CAUAGAACCCCGGCUGAUCAUAUACUGGCCUGCUCGCUGCUCGUCUUCUCCACAUACACGUUUGCCUCACAUCCAAGCCACCACCUUCACUGACCAUUGCUGCCUUUCUCUCCUCUUACCUCGUCCUUCCAGCGUUGUCUAUACUCCCUAUCAUAAUGCCAUCAUGCCACCUUCUAAACCAAAACCUUCUGAAAUAGCAGCCGACGCGAAACGAAAUUGGCUACCGUACAUCUGGAAACACUACGUGACGAACGCCAAAACUUCGUACGCGUACCCAGAUUCGUCUGUCAUAAGAGUUAGUGCGAAUAAGAGGUCACGUAACAGGACAAGAGUCGCUGUCCUGGAAGGCGACCCCGUCACUCAUGCCAUGGGCUGGUACCAGAGUGCUAUUCGAGACCCUGCCUACAAGAAUUGCAAACGGAUACCCGUCGUCAAUAUGGCCAACGAAAGGCGGGCCGGGGGAGACUGGGAAUCUGGCCUGAUGGCACCUGAAGAGUGCUUUGCAAGGAGGAGCAAUCUUGUGCACGCUUUGACGAUGCCAUGGAACGCACAAAUGGGGAAGGACGAGAACCACUAUCCGAUACCACAGAGAGGGGGGAUAUAUUGCCCAGAAGUUUACGUAUUUCGAGGAGGACCGGACAUGGACUAUGCAAUUUUCCAGAAUAUUGAGAAACUGCCCGUUAUCUCAGUCGCCCCUGUGCGAGGUCCACGGCUCAAUGAAUCAGGCAGCAGCUAUUCGUUCGAGCAGGAGAGAGAGCUGAUGAAGGAAAAGAUGCGGACGGUUCUCCGCAUAGCAGCGUACUGCGACCACAGGAAUCUGGUCAUAGGAGCUUUCGGCCUGGGCCCAAUCUUCCGAAAUCCCGCACGGGAAGUCGCGAAGAUGUGGAGACACCUGCUGUACGAAGAGGAAGAGUUUCGGGGUGUCUUCACCGACGUGGUGUUCGCCAUCGACUGCAGCAUGGUGGGGCCACCGGCCAAGACUGGAGUCUCAGACGUCGACAUCUUCAGGGAAGAAUUCGAUCCUUCGGCCAUCUUUCCAACACAAUAUGGCUGGGGCUAGGCAGCGUCCUGAAACCCGAACGCGAACUGGCCGUCUAAA